CAGUUCUAAACCGAAAGCUAACAUUUUAUUUAUAGAACCAAACUCACCAAAAGCACAAUUUUUUCCUCACUAAAUUAGUGUAAGAAUUCUUCAUCACUAAGAAAUUUGCAACUUUCUUGCAUUGUACCGAGAAAUCUCAUUUGGUUUUUUACUGUUUGCUGAGUUCACACCCGGUUUAUUACCAAGUUACUCCCGAUUUGUCCAAUGGAGAGAGGAGAAUAUAGAGGCGGAGGAAGAGGUGGUCAUGGUGGUAGGAACAGUGGUGGUAGAAGAGGAGGAUAUGGAGGAAGAAGAGAUGGUGGUCGUAGUGGUGGGUAUGAUGGUGGACGUGGUGGCUCAGACGGUGGUCGUGGGGGGUAUGGCGGGGGUCGUGGUGGCGCAGACGGGGGUCGUGGUGGCACAGACGGUGGUCGUGGAGGGUAUGAAGAGGGUCGUGGGGGCACAGAUGGUGGUCGUGGUGGGUAUCCACGUCAGCACUGGAGACCAAACAAUCAAGGUGAUGGUGGUACACCUGGUCAAAGUGUUGGUGGAGUGUGGGCAGCAAGGGGUGGGCAUGGUACGCCUGGUCAAAGUGUUGGUGGAGUGUGGGCAACAAGGGGAGGGCGUGGUGGUGGUGGUGGUAUACCUGGUCAAAGUGGUGGUGGAGUGUGGGGUGGGCAUAGUGGUGGUGGUGGUGGUGGUGGUAUACCUGCUCAAAGUGUUGGAGUGUGGGCUACGAAGGGUGUUAGUGGCGGUGGUGGUGGGUCACAAUCAGAGCGGCAUGGAGGCGGUCCACCCAAUCAAAGUAGUGAAACGGGGCCUAAAAGGGGUUGUGAAGUUGGUCGUGGCGGUGGUGAAGAAAGAGGCAGGGAUCUGUUGUCAGAAACUAAGGGAGGAAAGGGACCCUCAAGGGAUGGCAAUGUGGGUCCAUCUAGAAAUUCUAACGAUGAUCUUGUCCCAACUCCUAACAUGCCAAAAGUUUUGGCUUCUUCCUCUUCGGACAUUGCUAAUAGGGUUAGUCCAGUUCAACGACCAGAUACAGGUGGCCAGCUGGCGGUCCGAACCCCUAGGCUUCUUGUUAAUCACUUUCCUGUUAAGUUCAGUCCUAAGAGUAUCAUAAGGCAUUAUGAUGUUGAUAUCAAACAAGAAGUGCCUCCCAAGCAUGGCCGGCCUGGGAAAAUUUCAAAGUCCAUCCUGACAAUGAUCAGGGAUAAGUUAUUUACUGAUGAUCCCUCACGGUUUCCUUUAGGUAAGACUGCCUAUGAUAGGGAGAAGAACAUUUUCAGUGCAGUUCCCUUGCCCACAGGAACAUUUAGAGUGGAGGUCUCUGAGGCAGAAGAUGCGAAACCACGGUCUUACUUGUUUACCAUAAAGCUUGUGAAUGAACUUCAGCUGCGCAAGCUGAAGGAUUACUUGGAUGGGACACUUCGUUCAGUACCUCGUGACAUAUUGCAAGGGAUGGAUGUGGUGGUGAAAGAGCACCCAGCUAGGACGAUGAUCUCUGUUGGUCGUGGCUUCCAUUCUGUUAGAGCUCACCAAGAUAACCUUGGGUAUGGAAUCAUAGCAUCUAAAGGUUGUCAACAUAGCCUCAAGCCGACCUCCCAGGGCCUAGCUUUAUGCUUGGAUUAUUCUGUUCUGUCAUUUCACGAGCCAGUUUCUGUGAUAGAUUUCUUGACAAAACAUAUUUCUGGGUUUAAUUUAAAUAAUUUUGGAAGAUGUAGGAGAGGUGUGGAAAUGGCAUUGAAAGGACUCAAAGUUAGAGUGACUCACCGUGUCACCAAACAAAAAUAUGUUAUUGUUGGGUUGACGAGAGAUGACACACGAGAUAUUACAUUUUCUCAAGAAGAUCCAGAUGGCAAGGCUUCACAGAAUGUUAGGCUUGUUGAUUAUUUCAGGCAAAAAUAUGGCAGUGAUAUAGUGCAUCAAGAUAUCCCUUGCCUAGAAAUGAAAAGCAACAUGAGAAACUAUGUACCGAUGGAGUACUGUGUCUUGGUUGAAGGGCAAGUAUUUCCAAAAGAGCAUCUGCAGAAAGACGAAGCCCAGAUGUUGAAGGACAUCUCACUAGCCAAGGCCAAGGAUAGACAGAAAACAAUAUGCAGUAUGGUACGGGAUGGAGAUGGACCUUUUGGUGGAGAGAUUAUCCGAAAUUUUGGAAUGGAAGUCAGCAUGGAUAUGACCCUGGUGGUAGGUCGUGUGAUCAGGCCACCUGAAUUGAAGUUAGGUGCUCCAGAUGGAAGGGUGAUGAAAAUAGCUGUUGACGAGAAGUGUCAAUGGAAUCUUGUUGGAAAAGGUGUGGUGGAAGGGAAACCAAUUGAGCGAUGGGCUGUUCUUGACUUCAGCUCUGAUGAUUAUAAAUGUCGAUUCAAUCCUGACCGUUUCAUCCCAAAGCUUAUUGCUCGGUGCCUGAAACUGGGGAUUCGCAUGGAAGAGCCUCUCUUUUAUCAACCUACUAGCAUGCAGUUGUUCUCUAAUGUUGGUAUGCUUCGUGAACUCCUUGAAAGAGUCAAUGACCGGGCUCAAAAAAUCUGUAGAGGCCAGUUGCAGUUUCUUCUCUGUGUCAUGUCAAAGAAGGAUCCUGGUUACAAGUAUCUCAAAUGGAUUUCUGAAACCAAAGUUGGUAUUGUGACACAAUGCUGUCUGUCUCAUUCUGCAAAUAAAUUAAAUGAUCAGUACCUUGCCAAUAUUGGUCUCAAGAUUAAUGCUAAGCUUGGAGGAAGCAAUGCAGAGCUCAGCGACAGACUUCCACACUUUGGGGAUGAAAACCACAUCAUGUUUAUCGGGGCUGAUGUCAACCAUCCUGCUGCUCGAAACACAACAAGUCCAUCCAUUGCUGCUGUUGUUGGUACUACAAAUUGGCCAGCUGCAAAUCGCUAUGCAGCUCGAGUUCGUCCUCAGGACCAUCGUUGUGAGAAGAUUCUGAAUUUUGGUGAUAUGUGUUUGGAGCUUGUUGAAUUUUAUUCUCGGCUUAAUAAAGCAAAACCUGAGAAGAUUGUGAUAUUCCGGGAUGGGGUCAGUGAGGGCCAGUUUGAUAUGGUUCUCAAUGACGAGUUAAUGGACAUCAAGAGGGCUUUUAGGUCAAUCAUGUACACCCCAACCAUCACACUCAUUGUUGCUCAGAAGCGGCACCAGACUCGUCUUUUUCUUGAGGAUGGGGGGCGUAUAGGCAAUGUGUCUCCGGGCACAGUUGUGGACACAAAAAUUGUCCAUCCUUUCGAGUAUGAUUUUUACCUCUGCAGCCACUAUGGAAGCCUCGGGACAAGCAAGCCCACACAUUACCAUGUUCUAUGGGAUGAGCAUGGCCUCAGUUCUGAUCAGUUGCAGAAGCUCAUAUAUGACAUGUGCUUUACAUUUGCUCGUUGCACAAAACCUGUGUCGUUAGUUCCACCAGUCUACUAUGCUGACCUUGUUGCUUAUAGAGGAAGGCUCUACCAUGAGGCAGUAAUGGAAGGGCAGUCUCCAUCUUCUGUAUCAUCUUCAUCAUCUUCUAGGACUUCGUCAUCUCUGUCAGUGGGAGCUUCGAUGGAAGAGAGGUUCUGUAUGCUGCAUGCGGACCUGGAAAACAUCAUGUAUUUUGUUUGAAAAUCUGUUGGCCGGUCUCCAUCACUUCAGGCAGUGAAAGAGAUUGCCUUUGAAAAACUAUCGGCAAGUUCCCAUCUAUUCUGGCAGUGAAGGAGAUCACCACCUCAUCUCUUUUUGAAAUGAUGUUACGCAAACUCGCUCCUUUUCUAAGCAAAUAAAAAAUUAGUGAAGGAGUUUGUGCGUGAAUCUAACUAGUCACAAAUUCUUCUGUAUCUACCAUGGUUGCAGAUCAUGGGAAUCUGAGGAAUGGCAUGUCUUUUAGGUUUGUUUUCUGUUUGGAUGGCUGUUUUCUUUGUGUUUCUUGGUUUCUAUUACUAAGCCUCGUGUGUUUUAAAACGUUUAAAUGGCGUUAUGCUUGUUGACAUUGUUGGUUUUGAAUUUAAAACUAUGUUUCUUUUGAUGUUGUUAAUAUGCCUUGUGAUUCAUCGUUUGUAUCUUAUCAGCUA